AUGGACCUAUACACAGAGGUACACACUCUCUCACACUAUCUCUCUCUCUCUCUCUCUCUCUCUCUAGGGGGCAGAGGCUCUGCUGGAGAGAGAUGGUGACUUCCUGGUUCGUGACUCAGGCUCAUCCUCCGGUGACUAUGUCCUGAGUUGCUAUUGGAAGGACGAGCCCAUGCACUUCAAGAUCAUUAGGGUGGUCCUUCGGCCCAAGAAGGUGUGUGUAUGUGUUUGUGUGUGUGUGCUGUUCUGUUUCAGUUUGAGGGGGACUGGUUUGACGUGUGUCCAUCUGCGUGUGUUAUCAUGAUGUGUGUCCUCCAGGGUUAUUCCCGCGAGCUGUUCCAGUUUGAAGGGGAUCGUUUCGACAACAUUCCCGCCCUGGUGCGUUUCCACGUGGGUGGACGGCAUCCCGUCUCCCAGGCCUCUGGCGCCGUGGUCUUUCACCCAAUCACACGCACCCUGCCUAUACGUGUCAUCAGUGAGCGCCAGGCAGAGGGGACCCGUAAGAACCUACAGAUGACGUAGAUAGAACACACUGUCACAGUCUAUGUGUUGAAAUAUUUGUUUUAUUCCAUUGAGGUGCAGGAAAAGUAGAGGAGUUUAUUCCUCAGAGAGGCAGUGGGUUGUGUUCGAACCCACGCAGACUCUGGUAACCUAAACUGUACAUGUUUGCCGACAGUCCGCGGCACUAAACCACUGGACCACACACUGUCGGUCUGUCAAAACAUUGGUUAUUAAUGAAUGAACUGCGCCGGAACGACAAACGGUGUGGAGCUACAUUAUUAAGUGUUGUGUUCCCGGAGGCUUGCGUCUCACCAACUCAGGCGUAGAUAUGAUUUUCUUCCCCCUCUAGACAGCAGCAGCUCCAGCAACAGCGCCCUCCACAGGGUGGGCGUGGAAUUACGGCCAGACCGCAGCAAGAGACUCAGCUUCAACUCAUCACACAUGGACACACUACAUGUCACUAACACACUGCUCAGGUGGCUUUACACACACACACACACAGACAUAUACACACAUACAUACAUACACACACACACACACACACACACACACACACAGAAAACUACACACUCAAAGAGACUGUUUUGUGUUGUGUUUGGUAUAGUUACAGUGUGUGUGUGUGUGUGUGUGUGUGUGUGUGUGUGUGUGUGUGUGUGUGUGUGUGUGUGCGUGUGUGUUUCUCAGGAGUGGGAGUCAGCCAGCCAACCUGGAGAAUCUGGGCAGAAGACCCUCGAUCCAAUCAGCACAGUCCGAAAGCAACCUACGCACAGGUAACACACACACACACAGAUACACACACACACACACACACAGAUACACACACACACCACACAGAUACACACACACACACAGAUACACCACCACACACACAGAUACACCACACACACAGAUACACACCACACAUACUCGUUCCCACCUCUGCUCAGGUAACACACACAACCUCUCUCUCUCCUCUCCCUCCAGGUGCGCCUCAUAGCUGUCAAUCAGAGGCUGUAGGCCCCGCCCCCAUUUCCCCAGUGUUCCGAACGGGUAGCGAACCCCUGCUCAGCCCCUCAGCCCUCAGACACACACAGCCCUCACACCCUGGUAACACACCACACACACAGCCCUCACACCCAGGUAACACACACACACACACACACACACCCAGGUAAAACACACACAACAACCACACACCCAGGUAAACACCCACCACACACACACACACACACCACAAACACACCAAACCACCCCAGGUAAACACACCACACACACUACCCACCCAGGGUAACACCCACACACACACCCCCAGGUAACACACCACACACACACACCAGGUAACACCACACACACACACCCAGGUAACACACCACACACACACACACACCCAGGUAACACACCACACACACACACCCAGGUAACACACACACACACACACCCAGUAACACACACAACACAACACACCAGUAACACCACACACACACACCAGGUAACACACCACAACAACACACCCAGUAACACAAACACACACAACAACCCAGGUAACACACCAAACACACACACAACCCAGUAAACCAACACACACAAACCCAGGAACCACAACACAACAACCACAACCAGUAACACAAACCACCACACACACCAGGUAAACACACACACACACACCCAGGUAAACACACACAACCACAACAACAACCCAGGAAACACACACACCACCACCCAGUAACACACACACCACACAACCCAGUAACACACACACCCACACACCCCGGGUAACACACCACACACACACACACCAGGUAACAACACACAACACACACCCCGGUAACACCACCCUCAACCCAGGUAACACACCACACACACACCAGUAACACACCAAACACACCCCAAGGUAACACACCACACACACAACACACAACACGUAAAACAAGCCCUCACACCCAGAACACACGCUCACACAGGGUAACACAACACACAAAAAACACACACACACACAGGUAACACACACGGCCCUCACACCCAGGUAACACACCACACACACACCAAGGUAACACACACGGCCCUCACACCCAGGUAACACACCACACACACACCCAGGUAACACACACGGCCCUCACACCCAGGUAACACACCACACACACACCCAGGUAACACACCACACACAACACCCUAAACACACACACACACACACAGUAACACACACAGCCCUCACACCCAGGUAACACACCCACACACACACACAGGUAACACACCACACACACACACACACACAGGUAACACUCACACACCCUUUCUGUAACCCCCUGUGGUCCCCAGGUGGAGGUGUGACGCAGCGAGGUUCUGACGGACAGCUGCACCCCCGAGCCCCGCCCAAACCUUUCAGAGUCUCCGUCCUCUUCCCCGGGACUCCUCCCAACCGUCACUGUGACGACCCCUAUGACGAGCUGGUCAUCCAGGUGCCUGAAUCAAAGUAAGAAGAAACCAUUGGUCUACAGCUUUUCCCAAACUAGGGGUCGCGACUGAUUUUGAAAAUGGGGUCGAGAGAGAAACUCUGAAAUAAAAUGUAAAAAAAUGGCGUUUGGUUCAUAUAACCAGGGUUACGUCAGUAACCUCCGGUAGCCGUUAGAUGCGGUUGGAAUAAUCAGAUGGUUUCUGUUUUCUUCCUACAAAUGUAGCUCUAUCUUUUGAAUGGUUUAAGCUACGAAAUAUUAUGACCCCAUCGCUGAAAGAUAAGACGUUCAGGAACACGUUUCCUUCUACGAUGCCCACAAGCCUCAUUAGAACAGAGUGGAGAAGACCAGGCACUAAUUCAGACUGGGGGAAAAAAGAACAUCAUCAAUGAUCAUGUUCUUUCCUACACAUAAGAUCAUAGCAAAUUAUAGCCUGGUAAUCUUCUGAACUUCCCAAUAACUUUCUGAUACAUUUCAGUCACUUCAAACUGUAUACUCAGUAACGGUGCAUGGGUAAAAUCACUGGGGAAGCCAAGCCUGGAGAAAAUAAAUGCCAUAUUACAACCUACAGUAUGUGUUGUGAUAAUUGCGUUGUUUGCUCUAUAACCUGUUAGUUCAUAUGCCUUGCCACCGUGAUAUAUAGGCCUAAAGGCCGAGACAAUAAGAAGACACAGUGGCAGAAUAAAUUCAACCACACCUUUGUUUCAUCCCAAAACCGGAGAGCAACCUCUGUCUGGUGAAGUCCAUAAAGCAUUAUUGCAUGUAACAAAAAUGUACGUGACCUACAGUAUGAUCAAUCAAGUUAAUAUUUCGGACAUUUUUGGACUACUAAACAGCUAUUGAUUUAGAACCAUGGAGAGUUACCGCAAGUCACAAAGAAAACAGGAGCUGCCUCCCUCCACUAUUCCAGCACCAUUUCAACUUCAACAUUUCAACAUCAUCAAAUCACCUAUGCUUAGUCUAAUACAGUGACAACUAAAAGAUUGCAAAAACAAUUUAGACCAGUCCAACGUAAGUCGUCUACAUCAAGCUACAUAUUGAACUUCCAUCUCUCAGACCAGAGGCACAAUGUGUGAAUUUAUGGUUGGAUCAGAAUGUACUCCUGAGUGGCGCAGUGGUCUAAGGCACUGCAUCGCAGUGCUAACUGUGCCACUAGAGAUCCUGGUUCGAAUCCAGGCUCUGUCGCAGCCGGCCGCGACCGGGAGACUCAUGGGCGGCGCACAAUUGGCCCAGCGUCGUCCAGGGUAGGGGAGGGAAUGGCCGGCAGGGAUGUAGCUCAGUUGAUAGAGCAUGGCGUUUGCAACGCCAGGGUUGUGGGUUCGAUUCCCACGGGGGGCCAGUAUAAAAAAAAUAUAUGUAUUCACUAACUGUAAGUCGCUCUGGAUAAGAGCGUCUGCUAAAAUGACUAAAAUGUAAAUGUAAAUGUAAAUCGCCGUUAUAAUCAUUGGCCAGUACGGAGAAUUAAGGAAGACCACAAGUCCAAAUUCUUAUCUCCGUCCAUGGCUAAUUUAGGACAGGGACAAUUUUAGCUAGCUAGCCACCGGAGGACAACAACACAACGAGAAGCAACAAUUCAAAUUUCUUUCUGUCAAUUACGCUUUGCUUGAUGUGACGUGAUUGGUGUGAAGCCAAAUCCAAACUGGCUUCACUUGACACUUUCUUGGUGCGCGAGGACCAUUCACAGUUGAGCUCACUCAGUUUAAUUCAACACUGAUUGGCUACUAUUGUGUAAUUUUUGUCAAGGGAGGCCAAAUGCUCGCUGGCUUCACUUGCAUUAAAUGGUACGGUCGGCAACAUGUCAUACUCUUUAUGACCAGACAGCAUCAGAUAGAUGGGCUACACAUACAGAGACAGAGGGGCGCUGUUUCGCUCACUCGGAUGCUUAUUCUGGUGAGAUACAUUCAGCCUCUUGUGAAUUGAAGGAAAACAGAGAGAUGAAAGAUAUAUAAAAUAAUGUGUUAUUUUCUUUUGUCAAUUUUUUGGGGAAGCCUGGCUUCCCUUGGCAUCCAUGAAUACACGCCACUGCAUAUACUUCCUUCAGAUUUAUAUACUGUUAUAGCGGCAAUUAAAAAAGUAAACUUUGGCCGUUAAUUCUUUAAAAAAAAAUUUUUUUACAUUGGUUACUUUUUUUACACUCCUGCUCCCUCUGAACCAAUAGCCCCCGUAACAUGGUGGCCUCCUCUCCUAACCUGCAGACCCGCCCUUUAACGGCCUCCUGCUGCCUCGUCGUCCACACCGUGUGCCCCCCCAACAUUUUUCUUGGGGUUGCCUCUCGGGUCUCCGUCGUCGGCACUGUUGGCGCCGUUUCUCCUCUCUAUACCGGGCCUCCACUGUCUCCUCCCAAGGACGGCGAUCCAUCCCAGCCUGAAUCUCCUCCCAAGUCCAGGAUCCCUUACCGUCCAGGAUCUCCUCCCAGGUCCAGGCUGUCUGCUCCUGGACACGCUGCUUGGUCCUCGUUUGGUGGGAUCUUCUGUCACGUCCGUUUACAGACGGGUCAGACCAAGGCGCAGGGUGAUAUGCGUACAUGUUUAUUUAAACUGAAUAAACACACGACAAAACAAUAAACAAACGAAACGUGAAGUCCAAGGUACACAAACAACAUACCUCACACGGAACAAGAUCCCACAACCCACUAGUGCCAAUAGGCUGCCUAAGUAUGGUCCCCAAUCAGAGACAACGAGCGACAGCUGCCUCUGAUUGGGAACCACACCGGCCAACAUAGAUAUAGACAUACUAGAUAGAAAACAUAGAACUACACAACAUAGAAUAUACACACCCUGACUCAACAAAUAAGCGUCCCCUGAGUCAGGGCGUGACAGGGUGGCGAAAAAUGUUUGAUAUCAAAAUGGGGUCGCGGGCCAAAAAAGUUUAGGAACCCCUGGUCUACUCUGAUGAUUUCAGAGGAUAAUACUAUUGGUCUACUCUGAUGUCCACCCUGAUGAGUACAGGAGUUGAAUUUCACCCAGUACCAGGACAUUUUACCCCCAAAACCUGGUUGCCUCUGGCAGGAGGCCUACAUUUGGCCGCAAGUGGAUCUUCCAGCAAGAAAUUAAUCCCAAACACUAAUCAAAAUCCACAAAGAAAUGGUUAAUUAACCACAAAAUCAACAUUUUGCAAUGGCCAUCUCAGUCUCCGGACUUGAACCCCAUUGAAAACCUGUGGUUUGAUUUGAGGAAGCAGCUGUCCAUAAGUGCAGACGAAGUAUAUCAAGGACCUGGAAAGAUUCUGCAUGGAGGAAUGGUCUAAGAUCCCUCCCAAUGUGUUGUCCCAUCUCAUAAAACAUUUUAGAAAAAGGCUCAGUGACCUUAUCCUCACAAGAUGAGGGCGCUAGAGUACUUAAAACAGGGGUGCCAAUAAUGUUGACCCCUAUCUUUUAUUUUUAUUAUUUGUUAAACAAAAGCUAUUUCUCUGAGCAAUUGUACUAGUAUAAAGGAAUAUAAUUAUUUAAAAAAAGAGCAAUAUAGCUCAGUAUCUGUAUUAUUUAUUGGAUACAGUGUUUUCUGCUCAUCUUCCUCAAGAGUGUCAUUAUGGACCUGUAUAUAUACGUCUGUUAAUGUGUGUUUCCUGUCAGAAAGCGUGGCCACGUGGACAGGCUGCGUGCGGAGGAGAAGUGGCAGAGCAGAGCCCGUCUCACCGAGACAUCCUUCAACUUCCUGGAGGCACAGAAAAGCGGGGAGUUGCCUGGGUUACCGUUUGACGGACAGGCCCAGGAGGAAGAGGAGGAUUCACACUUUCAGAGGCCGCAGGUUCGUUGUUGUUUAUUUAAUUUGAUUUACAAUGAACAACAUUGUGAUGUAGGGGAUUCUAUUCAUGUUUAUUGAACAACAUUGUGAUGUAGUUGAUGUUUUUUUAGCUCAGUUUGACUACAUUUCGGUGAAUAACAGACUAUGAACUCUAAUCUAAUGUAAUGUAAUCUAAUCCUGCUACCACACAAUAACAAACCAUAUGUAGUAGUUAUACAGACAUGUUACUACCAGGCUGUUACCAGGUGGAGACGGUGUCGUGUUUCAGGCUGGACCAGUUUGAGAAGUAACGUGUUAUUAGCAUGUUAUCAAUAUACUAAUAACAUGUUACCAGGUGGAGACGGUGUCGUGUUUCAGACUGGACCAGUUUGAGAAGUAACGUGUUAUUAGCAUGUUAUCAAUAUACUAAUAACAUGUUACCAGGUGGAGACGGUGUCGUGUUUCAGGCUGGACCAGUUUGAGAAGUAACGUGUUAUUAGCAUGUUAUCAAUAUACUAAUAACAUGUUACCAGGUGGAGACGGUGUCGUGUUUCAGGCUGGACCAGUUUGAGAAGUAACGUGUUAUUAGCAUGUUAUCAAUAUAUUAAUAACAUGUUACCAGGUGGAGACGGUGUCGUGUUUCAGGCUGGACCAGUUUGAGUCCCUCCUGCUACCAGAAAAUAACAGACCUCUAGAUCCCACCGUUCUGCUGGCGCUCAAAGAACUGUUCACACGCUCCAACGCCAUGACAACCGCUCUGCACAUUCUCAGUGUCGACUGCCAGGUAAACACAUAGUUAUAAACACACACACGUAGACACCUAUGCACUAUAAACACACACACACACUCUCUCUCUCACACAAACACACUGUCUGUCUGUCUGUCUGUGUGUAGGUGGCUCGUAUCGUGGGUGUGACAGAGGACCAGAGGAGGAUGAUGGGAGUUGGCUCAGGUCUGGAGCUGGUCACCCUGUCUCACGGACAACAGCUCAGACGGGACCUGCUGGAGAGGUACACACACACACACACACACACACACACACACACACACACCUCAAAUAUGAACAUCUAACUGUGUUUCUGUAUGCGUCAGGCACCACCUGCUAGCCCUGGGCGUUGCCAUAGAUAUCCUGGGCUGUACAGGGACAGUGGGUCAGAGGGCCACGGUGUUGCAUAAAGUCAUCCUAUUGGCCCAGGCCCUGAGAGACCACGCCCACAACCUCUACGCAUUCUCAGCCGUCAUGAAGGCACUGGAGAUGCCUCAGGUAAUACACACACACUAUGCUUUGUUUAAAAGACCCUAGAUACGAGUCAAGGUCACUAAAGAGACCCUAGAUACGAGUCAAGGUCACUAAAGAGACCCUAGAUACACGUCAAGGUCGCUAAAGAGACCCUAGAUACGAGUCAAGGUCACUAAAGAGACCCUAGAUACGAGUCAAGGUCGCUAAAGAGACCCUAGAUACGAGUCAAGGUCGCUAAAGAGACCCUAGAUACGAGUCAAGGUCGCUAAAGAGACCCUAGAUACGAGUCAAGGUCGCUAAAGAGACCCUAGAUACGAGUCAAGGUCGCUAAAGAGACCCUAGAUACACGUCAAGGUCGCUAAAGAGACCCUAGAUACGAGUCAAGGUCGCUAAGGAGACCCUAGAUACGAGUCAAGGUCGCUAAAGAGACCCUAGAUACGAGUCAAGGUCGCUAAAGAGACCCUAGAUACACGUCAAGGGUCGCUAAAGAGACCCUAGAUACGAGUCAAAGUCGCUAAGGAGACCCUAGAUACGAGUCAAGGUCGCUAAGGAGACCCUAGAUACUAGUCAAGGUCACUGAAGUGUGCGUGCACGUCCGUCCUGUGUGUGUAGGUCGUCCAUCUGGAGAGGACAUGGAGAGCGUUGAGGAGGAACCACACAGAGAGCGCUGUGAUGUAUGAGAAGACCCUCAAACCCUCCAUGAAGGCUCUGAAUGACGGAGAUGGUGAGGAAGGUGUGUGUGUGUUGUGUGUUUAAUAUGUGUCUGUUGUGUGUGUAAUGUGUGUGUAAUGUGUGUGUAGACUCUGUGGUGCAGGGUCCCCUGGCUGUGCCCUACCUGGUUCCCCUCCUGAGGCUGAUGGAGGGAGAGGAGGGAGAACACACUGAGAGAGGCUGUCAGUUAUUAUACAACACCCUGCAGGCAGCACGCAACGCUGCGCUACACGCCCCACAGUACCAGGAGCACGCACACAGCCUGCUCACAGGUAACACACACACACUGUAGAACACACACACUAUAGAACACACACACUAUGGAACACACACACACACACACUAUAGAACACACACAUUAUAGAACACACACAGGCACACAUCCAAAUCACCAAAUCAAUCACAUUCGUCCCACCUAAUAACCAUCCUGAGUCACUCUGUCCCGUCAGGUGACUGGGAGCCAAUCCCAGAGCUGCUGGAGUGUUUCAGGACAGAGUUUGCCCUAAGGCUGUUCUGGGGACAGGCUGGAGCGGAGGCAGACAGGGAGGAACGCUACCACAAGUUUGACAAGAUCCUCACAGUGCUCUCCCACAAACUGGAACCCACUGAGGGGUUCCCCCCCGAACUCUGACCUCUUACCCUUAACCUCUAUACUGUGACCUGGGCUGCAUUCAGAAGGGCUCAACGUUGCAACGUUGCAACCUGUUUACCUGGGUCGUAUUCAUUAGUUUGCACCGUACUGAAGCGUUUUGCAGCAAAAGAAAGUUCAGGUAAUCCCUCCCUGUUUCAGUCAGUUUGGUGCCUUAAUGAAUAUGACCCUGGGGCGGUCCUGGGACGCUUGUCUGGGUGUUGCCGUGGUCGACGCCCGUGGGUUCCGUACCUAGCAGGUGUGGAUGGGUUGGUUUACCCAAAUAAACCUGGCCAAGGUCUACCUCCCAAAUUGCACCCUAUUCACUAUAAAGUACACUACUUUUGACCAGGGCUCUGGUUGAAAGUAGUGCACUAUAUAGGGAAUAGGGUGCUACGAAAGGACACAGACAAGGUGUGUGAUGUGGGUCUACUGGUUGUUGGUACUGGCAUGUCAAAAUGUUGACCUGCAGAGUUUACCUGUUAACAUGUUCUGUGUUCAUUUCAGACAACUUUAUUCUCAACCAUCUAGGUGUCUGUGAUUUUAUUUUAUUUUUUAAAAAGGGGAUAUCACUGGAAAGGUCUGAGUUUUAACACGUUUUCUAUUUAGAUUAUAUUUGUAAAGAGAUAAGAUGAUAUAAAUGAUUUAAACAUCACUGUGUCAACUUUGGUCCGUAAAAAAAAAGACAACGCACAACAAAAUGAAACAAA